AUUUAAAUAGAGAUAGAAAUGGUCUACAAGUGUAAUCUAUCCCUAGUUGCAAAGUUGUGACAUGUUUUAUUUUUGUUAAUCUUCCCUUAAACAAAUAUUAUAUUUGACUAUUCGUUGUCGGAAAAUAAUAAUUUGGAAAACAAAACCAAACUUAGUUAGUGAGAAGCACUUUCCAUUAUUACCUCCCCCCACCAACUUCAUAUCACAGUAACAAUGUUUAACAAUGAUACCACUACCGACGCCGGAGCCGUCGUGCCGACUUCAUCUGCUACAGUUCCCUCCACCAUCUUCCCCGGCACAACCAUCACUUCCAACUCCACCUUCAUCAUCUUCGGACCUCCUCCACCGUUCCCAGCUCCUCCUCGGAGCAUCGACUUCACUCCUAUCAAACUAAUCUUCGCCGUCAUAGCAAUCGUCGCCGUUCCCGCCUUAGUCUACGCUCUUUUCUUCACUACUCCAUCUUCUUCUCGCCGCCGCAACUCCUCCUCAUCCUCCCGCCGUAGCAGCAGCUCUUCCUCCGACGACACACCUCAUGUCACCGUCGAUAUCACACCGGCCGAGAUAGACGCCACCACCACCACCACCGUCACGCCUGAAUCCGUAAAGAAAUUAAAGAAAGAGACUCAUUCAAAGGAGAUCGGGAACGAAUGCACAGUGUGCCUGUUGGUGCUCGCCGACGGCGAAGAGAUCCGACAACUGAGCGCGUGUAAGCACAAGUUCCACGUGUCGUGUAUUGAGAGGUGGCUUAAAGAUCAUCCCAAUUGUCCUAUUUGCCGAGCAGACGUCGCCGUUAAACAAACCGAAGCAGACGCUAACGUUAACGUGAAUCGCAGCGGUGGUGGAAACCGUAGAGUUUCUGCGACCAAUAGAGAUGACGAUUGGCGUCAAGGUCUACCUGAUGCUUCUAGUUUAGUUUGA